CUUUUACUCUGCCCUUUUUUCGCUUUGACAUCCUCACACAAAAAGUUUAAAACCCAAGCUAGUGAAGGAGGUAAAGUUUUGGAACUGUUCGAAAUUGCGUGUAAUAUUUCUUCUAAAUUUGUGUGACUUACCGAUAAGUCGGGUAAUCAUGCUAGCAUCCGUUGAGCUAUGUACUCCGGUAUUGGUAUAGCUAGCAAGGGUCGAUCACACAACCUUCAACAACAGUUGCAGCAGAAAAAUUUUUGCACCCUUCCACCGAACGUGAAUGGCCGCCGACGGGGAACGCUAGAGAUACGCCUUCCCGUGACGGACGGAAUUCGGUGGAAAAGUGCCAAAAGCUAUCCAGCCGUAGAACUUCGUCUGUGCUGGUGGGGUCAGCAGGAACCGCCACUCAAUUCGCUUGCCGUCCUGCACUGGGAGCAAGGAAAAGUUCGUUCUAUUCAGAGUAUUCAGUACGAAGUGUUAACCAGUGAAGAACUAUUUCGGAAGUAUCUACGUGCCGCGGAACCGCUGCAGGUGCGGUUGAUAUCCGGCAGAACCAACAGUUUGAUUGGGACGGCCUCAAUUGCCAUUCCGGGUAAGAUUGUUAACUUUCGUAGUGAAAGUGGCCAGGUCAUGGAAGCAACGGGGAAAGGGGAAAUUUUGAGCCAGCGACGGUUUAGUUUGGGUGAGAUUAGUGUGGACUUUUGCCUAAAGUUUGACGAUUGUCUGCGGGAACGUGUGCCCAAGGAUAACAAGCUAAAUAUGGUGCAGGACUGCAGAACGCAAGUAUCGCUGGUGCUUCCGGAACAGGACACAAAGUUGCUCAUCAAGGGAGAUCCGGUGGUGUUGCAUGAAAGCAAGCAGCAGCCAAGAACUUUUCGCUCCUUAGACGGUCAAUCUCGUGAUAAGGUACUCAACUACUUGCUAGGAAAAGCUUUAUCCGGAUCCGAGGACGAACCACUUAGCGAAAUAUGCUCCAUAUCCCCGACCGAGAGUAUGAUGGACGCACUAAAUAGGUUUGACAACACAUCAGCACCACAGAAAGUUGAGUAUCUAAAAAUUGUAAACUCAGCACGGAUGGUCAUUGAGACUUUCAAGUUCACCAAGGCGGGUCUGAAGGAGCUUUUCCAUAAAUCCAAACAGUCAUCCCUAGUGGAUGUGACAUUUUCAGUAAAAGUUAAGAUUCCCUCCCAACCGGUUGCAGGGCCUAAAGUCACGCUUCGAUCCCUUUCCGUAACCGACAGCGGAGAAGUGAUUUUCAAUGCGAAAGCAACGACUAAGCUUACUGUCCCAAGAAAUCACGAGGAGUUGCAGUUUGAGUUUUUGAUUUACAUGUCCGCCGGAACCACUUUCCAUCAUAGAGGAUCGGGAAAAGAGUCGUUUUUGGGAUCUUCCACGAUAAAGCUAGACGAACUGAUCAAAAACAGAUUUGCUUGUUAUAAGAAAUGUCCGGUCAGGUUAGCGUCAGAUGAUAUUCUGCUUGGAAUGCUAACCGUACGUUUGGAGCUUGGUGCUCGUGGUUUGCAUUUUGGCAAAGAACUGAUUGAUGCAGUUCUACUUGAUAAGGAAAAUGUUUCGAUUAGCAGUUCUUCGGAUGAAAGUGAGAUUCAUUGUCCACAACCAUGUUGGUCUUUCAAACCAGCUCCAGCUAGAUGUCAUUCGAUGCUUCCCGAACGAUCUCAUUUUGAUUGUAUUCCUAGAGCUUGCACACAAGACGAGGGAACUACAAGAGUAGGAAAUAACCAAAAUAAUUUACCUAUGCAUCAAGCAUCUUCAAAUCAAGCACCCACCAAUAUAAACAAUCCUCAAAAUGAGCAAGAUGCUUCACGCGAUCAUGGUCCGAAAGCGAUGGACACACAUGAAGACACCUUAGAAUUGCCAAGGAAGUUACUAUACGGUAUACUUCAUUUAGGACAGCUAAAGGAUGUCCCGUCGCUACCUACUGGAGGAUAUUUUAUCGUGGCUCAUGGAUUUUGGUCAGAGGACCCUCCGAUUCUUACAACCGAACUAGGGCAAGAUCGCAAGUCAUUCAAUUAUAUGAUCACUUUUCCCGUUCUGGCGGACAACCGCUUUCUAGAUAGAACCAAAAACCAACACAUGCUAGUUGAACUAUGGCAGAAAACUCCAGGAGCAGCGGAGAAACUGACUGGUGUAACACGAUUGCCACUGCAUCAGUUCUACAUUGCGUUUCGUGAUGCACAGUUGGCAGAUCAUUUGAGCCGUGCCAAGCUACCGGUUAUCUCGAUUGACGGCUGGAGCGGGAUUGGUUCACCAUUAGCUGGCGAUCCCUGUGGUCAAUUGCAGGCCGUUCUUGCAAUUGGGACAGAGAAUCAGAUCGAGUAUUUCAAGCUGUCGCGCGGAUUAACGCACACAUCUGGUGAUGCCCCGGUUUUGGUAAAUCGUCCAAUUGUUCCCGAACCAGAAAACGAGAGUCACCCAACCACUCAAGUAUCAUCUUUUGCCCAAACGGACAAUCCUCCAUCGGAGAGCAUGGUAACCCCGUCAACCGGUCUUAAUCAUGAGCGAGAUCGCGAGCACUACCGCCCAGUCAACACGACAAACACCGGUAAGCAGCAGUCCGAAGUUGCCAACAUGCUGUCCGCUUUCAUCGAAAAUCUCGCCCAGCGUUUGCCAAUCUCAUCAGAACGUAGCACAGCGCCGUGUUAUGAUCAAAAUUUUGCCGAAAAGCGUGUUCCAGCUUCCCCGCACUCGCAGGCCAACAAUCCUCAGCUACGACAAACUUCGGACCUGCUGGAGAAUUUGCAACGAGCACUAGCUCAGACGGCUGCGGCUGGCCUAGAAGCCGGCUUGCUGACAACCUCAACAGCGGGGGUCGAAGCUGUACCCGAACCAGCGGAAGCGAAAGUGCUACCUGUGGGAGACAAAUUGUUUAAGGUCUGCGUCGAAAUUGAGCAAGCUGUGAAUUUACCGAAGCUUAAUGUUAGUAAGAAAUAUAGUAAACGUAACAAGAAUCGAGCCUCCGGGCCGGGAUCUACACAACCAGGUGGUGUUCAGCGAACCGAAGUAGAACCGAGCGCGUAUGUUACGUUCGAGGGAUACAACCUGCAGCCUGGUACACCCAAUACGGUUAAAUCACAUGAAGGCAUUGUCUAUACGACUGCCGUCAUUGAAAGUUGUUCUAAUCCGAGCUGGCAGAAGAAGUUCGAAGUUGUGCUUCCGGUAGAUCUGAUGAUUAAUGAUGAAAAGCGCUUCAUUUUGAAAGUUUGGCGUAAAGCUGCGAACAAUAGCGACUUAGCUAAAUGCCGACUGUUACCAGCCCCGAUGGAGGACGCGGUGAUCGGUUUCACUGCUGUAGAUCUGAGUGUUUUUCUGAACGGCAUGCCGUGUAUUCUCGGUUGGUAUAACAUUAUGGACUUCUCUGGACGUUGCAACGGGCAAAUUAAGGUAAACAUAACUCCGCAAGAGAAUGUAACACUCUUCAAAAGUCUCGACGAUAGUGUCAAUUUUCAAAUUCCGUUAUCGAUCGAUGUUGACUGCGUUGGGAUUGAUGCUGGCAAUACUUCGCUAAGCCGUGCUUUGAAGCGCAAGUUUACCGAACUGGAAGAAAUAACUCAACGGCUGAGGGCACGCCUUUUCGAUGUGACUGGCGACGAAAAUGUUGAUCCAGAUGAUGAAUUCGAACGCGAUCUGAACACGGAAGCCGAUGAGGCAGAUGACGAGGAUUGGGUAGAUCCGCUUGAAGAUACAUCCGGACAGAAGCGCAAUAGCCAGCACCCAAACGGAGCGGCACCCACGAUGACUACAAACACUUCGUCAUAUUCAAUGUCUUCGGAGCGCCGAAACCCGGAACGCAGCCUUACUGGAUGCUCAAACCGUAGCAACAAGCAGAAGCAAGCCGCAGUUGUUGACGAAAUGGUACUGGAAAAACUGCUUAAACAGCACGAUUUGGACACACUGAUCAAUCCACACAUUUUGAAAAACUUGCUUAACCCAUCAAUAAUGUCUACGUCGGAAUCUACCCCGUCGAGUAACCCAUACGCAAACUUGCCAGACAGCUCGGACUCCCCUGCUGGAACGAGUGCCGACGCCGACAUGAGUGAGGAUUCCACCGCCGUUGGGAACGACAAAGUGAAGCUCAUUUCGACCGCACUGCAGCGCACGACUAUAUCGGAAGCCAGCGGUGAUUCGGCUGUCGGGAACACUGCGCCGGAUAACGCGAAUGACUCCACCGAGCAGCAAACCCAACGCGAGGCACCAGAAGGUGAACCAAUGAAGAUCAACGAUAAAUAGUAAGUUAGUAUUCGCAUAAUGCUUCUUUUACGACAAUUUUUCACGGAUUGUGACUCGCCAAUUUUACUGAUAUUGUACACCGAUGCUGCGCUGAGGGGUAUUUGUCACCGUCGUUGCGAUUGUCUAACCGGGAAUAUUCGCUAUUAUUAGCCUAGAGAACAAUAAAGUUGCAGUACUGAA